AUGUCUACGGUUUCGAGUUUCUCCUCCUCUCGUCAAUUUGUUGAUGGAGAAAUAUUGCUCCAUUGUGAAGAUCCAUACCCCGGUUCUUCCUCACUAAACACAAGAAGUUCCAACUUUCGUGGGAUUCGAUCCUUAUCUACCACCCGAUUCACUAUCGGCGAUAAUGCAACCACCUUCUGCUGUCUCUAUCGGAGGCUCUUUCCGGAUCUUGUGGUGCUUGAACUCGAUUGGUUGGUUGGGGAUAAUCUUUAUUGUUUUAGGAGUGUCUCGAGGCUCGUUGGAUCUCCUUCAUAUUCGACUUAUUCUCAUCUCGCUUCCUUUGCCAUAUUGGAAUAG